AUGCCUGCCCACACCUGCCUGGUCCGUUCACCCUACUGCUCCCUGCUGCUGGCCCUGCUUGUUGUCCUCUCAGGAACCGAUGAGCAGGGUGAUGGGAGUGAGUGUCAGCUGCUACAGCCUGAGGGCCCCAUGCUGGUGGCAGAAGGUGAGACCCUCCUGUUGAGGUGUACAGGGCUCGGAAACUGCACCAGUGACAUGAUAAAGUGGGUCAAGAUGAACAACCAGCACCUGAAGGAAAUCUACAACUUCAAAGGUGGCUUCUUCCCCGGAGUGACACCCUUGACCCAGCAGCCAUCAGAUUUACUUCCUUAUGACUAUUCCAUCUACGUCCACAAUGUCACCAGGCAGCAUGCUGGCACCUACCACUGUGAAAGGUUUUAUGACUUGAGUGAGAACUCAGGAAAGGAACUGGAGAGGGGCAACUCAGUGCUUGUGUGGGUUGCUGAAGACCCAGAACCAGACCUGUGGAUUAUCCAGCCCCAGGAGUUAGUGUGGGCAAACUCUGGAGACACUGUGAUCCUGAACUGCACAGUCCUUGGAGACGGUCCCCCAGGACCCAUCAGAUGGUCUCAAGGGGCUGGUCUGAACCGAAAGGCCAUUUACAAUUUUGGAGGCAUAUCCCACCCCAACAUCACAUCAGUCCAGACCUCCAGCAGCGAUUUCAGCAUUCUUCUGCAGGGCAUCUCAGCCGAGCACGCUGGUACCUACUACUGUGCAAAGUUUGAGAGGAAAUACAAGAGGCAAUACCUGUCUGGACAGGGCACCAGGCUGAAAGUGAAAGCAAAUUCCGUAUCAACUCUUGAGACAAGAUUAUCAGUCAAUAUGUGGCAACAAUAUCUGAAUCGGGUCAAGGAUGCUGUCAAGAUGGCCAAAGGCUACCUGUGUGCACUUGUCUUUGUGAUCCUGGCAUUGAAGAUAGUGACCUUCGCUUUCGUCUCACUGGUCCUGGCUGUCCAACAGAGAGUCUUCAACAAGAAGAUAUAA